ACACAGAAACAAGACAGGGCUUAUAUGUUAACUCAAGAAUUUUUGCGAUAAAAGAAAUAACAACGCCAAAGGUUAAAAAGGACUCUUCCUUUGUUCCCUUUCUCUCUCCUCUCUCUCAAUAGCCGGCUUUUGUUAAAUUGAUUCGAUUCCAAUUCUUCUUUUGCUCCUUAUAAUUCAAUCUCAAAUCUCUAUUUGGGAUUGAAAGUUUCCAUUUUUGUUGUGUUUUUUCAAGGAAUUUAAUCAUCUGGAUACUAAUUAAAUCACCUGAUCUUGAGGUGGAAAUAAUAAAUUUGUUUCCUUUUUGAGAUUUUAUGAGGUGGGUUUGAUCUGGAUAUUGGGUUUGGAUUGGAGGAAAACUGAUAGAGUUUCAAUUUUUCUUGACUGCUUUCUCUUUAUUUUUGGAUUUAAAAUUCUGGGUUUGAUUUGAAAUGGUCUAUUUCCAUAGCUCAAUCUCAGUCUGCAACUCGGUUGACCAGGCUUCUUCAGCUACAAUCAUGGCAAAUUCUACGAAUUCAAAUGAUUUUGUGAUGAACUCCAAAUCAUCAUCAUCAUCAUCAUCAAGGAACAAUGUUUACAAGAAACAAAAGGUAUUCAAUUCACCAAGUUGUUUAAAAAUUCCUUCUUGUGAGAGAUCAAGAUCUGCUGCCAUUGAUGUUAUCAUCUUAAUUGCCGUGAUUGCUGCUUGUGGAUUCUUGUUCUUUCCAACUAUAAAGUGCGUAUCUUUGAAAUUGAUUGAAUUCAUAGGAGCUGCCUUUUAUUUGGUUAAAGAGGAAAUUAUGAGAGCUCCAAUGAUAUAUGGAUCUAUAGGACUUGGUUUUUCUUGUGCUGCAAUAGCUGCUUGGGUUUUGCUUCUGUGCACAACUAGGAAAUGCGGGAAUCCUAACUGUAAAGGGCUUAGGAAGGCAGCCGAGUUUGAUAUUCAGUUGGAAACUGAGGAGUGUGUCAAGAACUCCAGCACUUUGGUUAAAGAUGGUGUUAAAAAAGGACUUUUUGAACUGCCUCGCGAUCAUCACAAGGAAUUGGAAGCUGAGCUAAAGAAGAUGGCACCGGUUAAUGGAAGAGCAGUGCUAAUAUUUCGAGCUAGGUGUGGAUGUUCUGUUGGCAGAUUGGAGGUUCCGGGGCCAAAGAAGCAAAGAAAGAUCAAGAAAUAGGAUUUUGGGAUAUGAUAGAGAGAGGAAUUAAAGCAAUACAGAAAAUAGUCAUAAUGCAGAGAGGAGUGCCUUCUCUGGUUAGUUUAUCAGAAACUAGGUUGUCUUUAAAUAAGCACUGAUGGCAAUAAGUUGUAAGGAUUAUAAACAGUUGGUUAUAGUGGAGAAUAUAAGAAUCCUUUCUUUCAUUUAUUUAAUCUCUAUUUUAUGGUAAUUUGCAUCUUAAAGCUUA